GACACGUAUCUGUCUACUGCAUGUUAUAUUCUGCUCCAGCUUUUAUUAUUUUGAGUAUUUUAUCUGUCCCUUUAUAAAAAAGCAUGUGUGAAAUUUAUGUUUUCAUACAUUCAUUAUCAUAAAGUCUCACUUGUGAAAUGUUCUGAAACAAUUUCACAUUAUAUCAACACAGAUAUUUCACAUGCAUAAACAUCAGUUUCACAUAUAAUACCACAUGUCCAACAUAUUUCACAUUUGUUAAAUUUACACACAGGCACAUUUGACAUUGACAAGCAUUCAAAUGAUAUGGGUAAACAUGUUUUUCUGACAUGUGACAUGUAAAGUAAAUGUGAGAACAUAAGUUUGUUGCUCUUAUAUGCUUGUAAGGAGUUUCUCACUUUACUAAAAGCACCUGAUGUAGUUCAUUUACUGUUUUCAACUAGCUGUCAUUCAUACUGUAGUCUAUGUGACAUUUUACUGCACAUGAGAGACCUCUGACCUUUGACCUCCUGACUGUCCAGUGUAUGUAGUUUUGUUGUGGAUAAAUAAGGAUACGUUAUCAAAAUAUAAUUACUGGUGAUGCACAGGUAUUUUGAAGGAUUAUUUAAAGCUGUAAAAGCUGGAGCCAUGACCUGGUCUAACUCGCCCUCACCACCAAUGACUGUCGUACUUGGCACCUUUGAAUACCUGAAUUAUUUAUUGUAGGAGGUUUGUUUGUGUGUCUGUGUUCUCUUAUGCAUGCUAGUGGUCCUCAUGGGUCCAUUCGGUGUCUCGUAACCAGGACUCAACCUGGAGCUCGAGCACCAAAUCAUAUGCAGUGUAAUCAGUUUUAUGUUUCUGAGUUUGUAUGUAACUGUAUGUGCACAGUUAUUUAAACUUAUUCUGGGUCCAGUCUGCAUUGUUCAUUGUAAGAGACCUACAACAUUUUGUUUCAACAUUUUCAACGCAACAGUUGUUUUAUUUAAAAAAUGAUAAGAGAAAGAAAUGUAUGUGAUAAAGUGUGCUUGCACAAAACACUGCUGUGCUCUUCACAGCACAACACAAGGCAUGCUCAGUGUCAUUGUGAAUGUAAAGAGAUGUCACAGGAAAUGUGCUCUCAAUGUAAAUACCGGAAAAAAUGUCCUCUGCUACUCCUCUGUCAUCAGUCUCUCUUAUCUCUCCAACAGUUUCCAUCACAACUCUUAAUAAGGAACGACUUGUACCUGCUCAAACGGGUUUAUUCUGUCUUAACUCUACGUUACGACUGUCAUGUGUGGUGUCCUGUUUUUACUUAGUUUUAGUGCAACCCCCUCAACCCUGUUCAAACUCAGCUAUAAGUUGGUGCAACAGCAUGUCAGUAAGUCUUUCAUGAGCUGGCUAGGAAACGAACAGUUAGAGUACAGUAUCUGUGUUCUUUGGACCAACAAAAACCCAUGCUCCCUUCACACCACACACUACUAUUAAGAUAUUAAAACAGAAAUCAGAUGAAGUUAUAUCUUAAAAGAGUGAUACCAGCUUCGUACAAAACACACGAGAGAAAGCUUAGUCACAACCACUCUCUCAAUUGAAAAUAAAAUGAUUUAGUCUUAUUUUCAAAAACACACAAUAAUAUCUGCUACAAUGGGGGUUUUGGUAGAUCAUGGAAAGAAGCUCUGGGGUCCAGUUUACAUCCAAAAACUGCACAUUCUACCAUGUUUGCUUUCAGGAUUAUCACUAUGCUAAUGCAAACUAGCGCUCUCUGAUAAGUCUGCUCUGCACUGGAGGUUUCAGGUUUCUUUGCCAGUGUUGUGCCGAAGUCUGCUCCCAUGUUAAUACAUGUUUCCCUGUUAGACAGCGAUUGGUUAUCAUAUGACGUACCUAAUCUAGCUUUGCUCAGUGUACAUCUGAAUCUCGUCUUCAUUUUACUUUUAUUACAAAGUUGCCUAGAGUUGGUUCGUGUUCUCAUGGCAGCAUUUACAAGUGGACCAGAUCAAAUCCCUUGCAUGAGAAAGCUGCUCUUGAUUGGUCAGAAUUUCCAUGCGGGAAAAAUCCAGGAAGUAAAGCAAACGUUGAAGAAGAGUACACUUGCAAGAUAAAUGUGACACUUUCUAAUGUCACAAUGGAGGGACAACUACGCAGGUUGAUUUUAGCGCUGCUCAUCGUGGACUAUAUUGCUGUCAUUGUUCAUUUUAGUCAAACCAUACAGUUUGAAAACGAGGCGCGGCUCCAACUAGAAAACAAUGUUUUGAUGCAUUGGAUGUGCUGAAUGUGCAUAUUAAGGCAGUACAGGAGGAGGUGCACAUUAAUAAUCCUCCAGGACUGUAACAUGCUCAUGUUUAACCCAAACAAUGUGUCAUGUGACUGCAGUUGCUUCACAUCCAGGUCGGAACACCUUCUCACCACAAACGAACCACACCAGAGUUUGUUUGUGUUUGAGACCACCUCUUCAAGAAGGCCUCAGUCUGGUUGUUUUGGUGCGUACCCGUGUGCACCUGCCCAAACUAACUGCACUUAGCGAGCAAACAAACUUGAGUUCGAUUGAAUCAAACCAAACAGAGCAGGUGUGAAAUCACCCUCGGGGGGAAGUGCACAGACAUCGCCCCCUUCAGUAGAGUACUGUAAAAACACUUCUCUUGCGACAAACUUUGCACAGUUACAAGUCAGUAUAGUCAAGGGCUCUUGAGAUACAACAUACAAGAUACAAGAGACACUUGCCCAGAAGUUCAAGUACAGCGUAAUGCUGUACUUGAACUUCUGGUGUGUAGACCAUGUGAGCCAACACAGAAGCCCCUUUUUCACUGCCUGCUCAAGGCGGGGUAAUGAUGCGCCGUUAUUGCGCCUUGUAGUUCUGUAAUGACAGAUAUGAUCGCAGAAUGGCGGGACAGAGUUGUCUCGCCUUUGAGCAGCAGCGGAGAUAGCAACAGUUUAGCAACAAGACCAAUGGCCAUGUAACAGGGAUGGCAAAUGAUUGUUAUUGCCAUGUUUUGCCAUUGUUAUUGUUAAGAAAAUGCUGUCAGGUGUGAAUAUGUCACAUCACGUCACGCCUCUUUUGUUUCGAGAAUACCAGCAUGCUAUCUGAAAUCACACUCUGGAACAUGAUGCCAGCGUUAUUUGGUUCUGUACAAAGAAAGCAAAGGCGACAUAGUAAAGGUUUUUUUUUGCAGCCCUAUCGUGGAUCUCUGUGUAAAAAGGGCUACAGUGUGACUUCCUGUAUGUUGCACCUGUAACCACAACAAACAGUGAUGUCACAGUGUACUGACACACCCUGGAGUACACUUCUACAUCACUGUAGCAAGGUGAGAAGUUAAACUAUUGGAGGUCGGCACCAAUGCUUUGUCGUAGAAAAUGUUUAAAGACCAAAGUAAACCAGGCUUCUAAAACCUGAAUCCUUCUGUCUCCUCCCUCAGGCCCGUCCUGUCCUGAUGCAGUUACCGUAGCAACAUGACCCUCAACACCCAGAGAGAGAAGGAGCCCUUGCGGCGUCGAUGCAGCACACCGAUUCCUCCUGCCCACUUCUACCAGCACCCAUCCUGGACUCGGGACCUUCAGGAUCCGGUGCACCCCGCCAGCACCCAGCCAGACCCCGAGCAGCCGCGCCCACAACGCAGCCACCCUCCUCUGGGACAGUCGGCGUCCUACCACCCUGGAGACAAGUCCCUCCACUACCGCGCCCAGUGGAGUUCAGACUCUGACGACGAUUCGCAAAGCGACUCAGACUGUGUUUACAGAGUGGUGUUGCUAGGCGACCAUGGCGUCGGAAAGACCAGUCUCGCAGGAAUCUUUGCUGGGAUCACAGAGAAAGACGAACAACCUGGAGAAGACACAUAUGAGCGGACACUGACAGUAGAUGGAGAGGAGACCACACUCAUCGUCAUGGAUACCUGGGAGAACGACAAACUGGAGGGGGAGGACGACACCUCUCAAGACGACUGUCUAAAGGUCGGAAGUGCUUACGUCAUCGUCUACUCUGUAACUGACCGCUCCAGCUUUGACGCUGCCGCUGAGCUCCGAAUCACGCUGCGACGCAUCCGCCAGGCUGAAAACCUGCCCAUCAUCCUCGUGGGCAACAAGAGUGACCUGGUCCGGUCACGAGAAGUUGCUGUAGAAGAGGGCCGAGCGUGUGCAGUGGUGUUUGACUGUAAGUUCAUUGAGACGUCGGCGUCUCUGCAACAUAACGUGACCGAGCUGUUUGAGGGUGUGAUCCGACAGAUCCGCCUCCGUCAGGACGGUAGUGAGGCCAUUCAGCGCCGACGCUCCAUAUACAGACGCAAAGAGAGCCUCACCCAGAAGGCUCGCCGCUUCCUGGACCGACUGGUGGCACGCAACAACCAGCGCAUGGCGGUCAAAGUGCGGUCCAAGAGCUGCCAUGACCUGGCCGUCCUCUGAAGACCCAUGUCCUCCAGGAGUGGCAGGUUGGAUCUUCUUUGACUUGUUGAAGUUCUCUCUGGGUGGGAUAGCGUGGAUGGUGGCGUCUGCGGUGAUUGUCACAUUCAGUGAGUCAACAAUAAAAAGAAUCAGUGGCGAAAGGAGUCAGCUGACCGUGACGUGCGUCGCUGUGAUCACAGUGAACAACUUGUUUUCCUGUUUGACCGUUUGGUCCCAACGUUUUUGUGACUUUUCCUACAGAUGACGGAGAAAACUGACUGUGACGGAUCAUAACUGUUGGGCUGAUGGAUGAGUGUUCAGUGUGUGUGUGUGUGUGUGUGUGUGUGUGUGUGUGUGUGUGUCAACAGGUGUCUGUUCAGGAUGUUCUGUAUUUUCCACUGUGUCCACUGUGCUGUUCUCCUGAGGUUUCUGUUGUUUUCAGUUCAACACUGUGCAGAAUAAAGUCUAAAAUGAACAGUC